AUGCAGGCACUUAGCCUGCAAGCCAAGGACGCGUGGAUCGCAACACUACAAGCACAUAUCAGUAACGCAUUAGAUGUCGGUGUAUCUCGGCCACAAAACGAAGCAAAUUUGUCGGCGGGGAAGAGUUUCUCGAGCAUGAAUGUGUUGCCCAUGAGCAACACGAGGAGAGAGGAAAUAAAAGCUGUCUUAGGCAACGACACCUGUUGCGACUGCGGCGUGCCAGACAACACCUGGGCGAGCAUAAAUUUAGGGAUCUUAUUAUGUAUAGAGUGCAGCGGAGUGCACAGGAAAAUAGGCACACACAUCAGUAAGGUGCGGAGUAUGACAUUAGACCGCUGGGACGACUCGCUGAUGCAGGUUAGUAUCUGCAUAAACGGUGUGAAUGGCAAUAGGAUGAUGAUGUUGGCUAUUGGGAAUACCAACUUGAACUCGGUGUACCUGAGUGGUGUGGACGAUACCGAUGAGCUCAUGCGCGAGAUGUGUUCUGACAGGACGAAAAGAGAAGCUUUCAUACGAUCAAAGUACAUAGAUAAGGCAUUCAUGGCGACGUCAGAGAUGGACAAAGACGACUUAAAUCAGAUACUAUUCGAUGCCAGUAAGGAAGCGAGUGAUAUGAUAUUGGCUGUGAGAGCUGUAGCCAAUGGGGCGGAUGUGAAUUGGCAAACGGACUUCAACGAUGACUGGGCGCCUUUACAUGCGUGCUGUCAUUUCCAGAAUGUGGCAUGCGCAGAGUUUCUGUACCAAAACUAUGCCAAUAUAAACACAGCGGACAAGCAAGGGAGAACCCCGCUGCACGUGGCUGCCGAUGAAGGUCACGAAAUAAUGGUUGAGUUUCUCCUCAGUCGAGGUGCAACUGUAGAAGUAAAGGACGAAGAAGGCAAAUCGCCGUUAGACUUGGCAUUGGCGAAAUUUCACCCCACGGUAGUAACGCAUCUUCGAUUGCAUCAGCUGGAGAAAAUGGAAGUUAUGGACAGGACGCGCGCACGGGAACGACGUGAUGACAAGACGAGGGAGGAAAUAUUGAAGACACAGGAUGAAGACGAAGCAGCUCAAUCACCUCUGAUGAUGGACAGUCCGUGA